CUCGCCGUUGUGAGGUGUGUACGGAUAGCGCGCAAAUUUGAAUCUUUGGCGCGCACCCCACACAUCACCCCACCAUCUGAGUGGAGGUCGUCAAGCACCACCUACCCAUCACUUCGAAUUCGUAACCUCGACCAACAAACACAUACCACAUGAGCCCCAUGAAGAGACCGCGACCGUCGUGCUUUGAAGGAGAUUCAAGUCCUAUAGACGUCGACUGUGAAUGGGAAAUGGGCAAGCUGUCGGUUGCCCCGCCAGUGGACGUCACCACGACGUGUCCAGCGCCAACCUUCUCGCCGUUAGAUACUGCUUCAGCACCGCAGCUGCGUCAGCAUCUCCAAGACUUGCAACGAGAACAAAUGGCGGUGCCUAUGCUAGGUUUAGUCACUCGGUUGAUGAUCCAUCGCAUCAACCAAUCCUUCUUCAACUCUCCCGUGGACGUCGUGAGAUUGGCAUGCCCAACGUACUAUGACGUGAUCAAGAAACCCAUGGAUCUGGGCACGAUCAAGCAGCAACUAGGUUCCUUGGAGUACGCGAAUGCAGACGACGCCGCUCAAGACAUUCGCCUCGUCUUUCAGAAUGCAAUGCUGUUCAAUCCUCCUGGCCACGUAGUCCACGAUGCAGCUGUGAUUCUACUCAAGGAAUUCGAGCGCGAAUACGCCACAUAUCAGCGAAAACAAGCCGAUCGACUUGUGAAACGGAACGCGCAUUCGUGCCCCCAUUGCCAAUCCCAUGUUUGCGGAUUAUGCAACGAAAAGUGUAUCAACUUCGAACCUCCGCUGGUGAUGUGUGUCGGCAAGUGCGGUCAGCGAUUGCGACGUCACGCCGCGUACUUUACGACUGUUGACCGUCAGCUGAAUUGGUGUACGAAAUGCGUUCCAAAACUCAAGGAAGUUGUCAUCGGAGAUCGCCGGAUUGGCAAGAAUGACCUUGUCAAAGCAAAGUUCCAAGAUGAGCUCACGGAACCCUGGGUUCAGUGUGAUUCUUGCUCUGGAUGGGUUCAUCAAAUCUGUGCACUGUUCAAUGCAUCGACAGUGGAUGCCGAUGACGACACGCCGUAUACUUGCCCACUGUGCCGGCUGAACAACUUGGACACAAGCAGUGCAAAAUCAUCGACGUCUCCAUUGCCUCCUCUGUCCCCAUGCACCGUCAGUUCGAAUGAGUUGGAAAUUUCCGCGAAGCGAAGCAAGCACGAUGACAUGAGCACCCACAGUCCCGUUGUGAAGAAGCAACGCAAGCCACAAUUUCCAAAAGAUCAUGACGACGUUUCGACCUCGCAUUUAGGUAUAUUCAUGGAGACAUGGAUCCGCGAUCACUUGAUUUCUUUGGGCGAACCAAAUGCUGCUACAUCCAUCCGAGUCAAGCUUGCCGCCUCAAUUCACAUCACGGCGCCGAUCAGUUCUCGGGUGCAGGAGCACUUUGUUGCCGUCGACAAGUCGAUGUAUCCAUCUCACGUCACGUACACGUCGAAGACGAUUUUAGUGUUCCAGAAGAUCCACGGCAUCGAAGUGUGUCUGUUCUCCAUGUAUGUCCAAGAGUAUGAAGACAAUUGUGGUAUUCCGUCGAACGCCAAGCGCACAUACAUCGCCUACCUCGACUCUCUGGGUUACUUUCGGCCGCGGCAUGCCCGAUCCUCUGUGUACCAACAGCUCGUGAUUGCGUACUUGGCGUUUUGCAAGCUGCGGGGCUUCACUCACGCGCACAUUUGGGCGUGUCCGACGACUCGCGGCGGAGACUUCAUCUAUUGGUGCCACCCCACAUACCAGCGGAAUCCAAACAAGGAUCGCCUCUUGCUCUGGUAUAGGUCGAUAAUUGCGUCGGCAAAGCGGAAACAAGUCGCUUUUGGCCACGAUACGCUUUGGUCAACCCAUUUCAGCGCAUCGUCGGCGACGGAGUUGCUGCCGACACUGCCGCCGUAUUUUGAAGGGGACUACUGGGUCGCUGAAGCCGAUCGAAUUGUCGGCAUUAAGCCACGCAAGACGCGCCGCAAGAAGUCCCAGGACCCCGUCAAGGAAGAGGACCCACCAAUGCCACAGCCUCUUGUCAAGUCGGAUGAUGUCAUUCGUGUCGAAGUGGCUGCGUCCGUUGCGUUGGCGAAGGACUCACUGUUUGUAAUCCCGCUGCAACCCACAUGCGUUCAAUGCCGUCAGCUUGUUGUUAACGUGGCGUACUGGAAACAAGACUCGACCGAGCUGUGCAACAAUCUGGUGUGGUGCGACAUGUGCCACACGCAGUUGGCCGCGUUGAACGACGCGUCUGGCGUCCAAGGGCAACGCCGCGUGUUUGUGCCAUUGGAGACGUGGGCAAGCGCCACAAACGCGAGCAACGGGCAUCCGAUCGCAGACGACGCGGGCGAAAUUUCGUGUCCAUUCGUGAACCACCGAUCCGAGUUGCUCAAGCUGUGCGAAGAGAACCACUACCAGUUUGACACGUUUCGGCGGGCAAAGUAUUCGACGAUGAUGUUGCUGCAUCAUCUCAAAAGCGACCGCGACGGAUGAUCAAACCAACUGACGAAACUCAAAAACGAGACAAAAAAGUAGGUUAGAACCCAGUAGUUAGGCGUUAGUAGUUAGAGGCGGCCGAGCGAAUCGCGCGAAUCGUGUUAAUGAAACUCAAUCGGCCAAUCCAUACACGGUUUCGCGCCAGUACUGGCGACCCCUUUC